AUGGAGGAAGGGAAUUUGUAUGAUCUGGGCUGGAUGGGCAAUAAGUUCACCUGGAGCAACCGUCAUGAAGAUGAUUCAUUCACAAUGGAGAGACUUGAUAGAGCCAUAGCAAAUGAUGAGUGGAAAGCCCAUAUUGAGAGGUGCUCAGUCCAAAGAUGGCCUUAUCUUUUCAAGUAUGAGGCCAGUUGGAAUAUGGAGGAAGGUUGCAGUGAGAUAGUAGUUGAGGCAUGGAGUAAACAGGUGGGAUUAGGGAGUAGUCUGGAAAGGAUGAUGAGCAAAUUAGAAUUCACUCAGGGGAAGCUCAAACAGUGGAGCUGGAACCUUAAUAGGGAGAGAUUAGAAGCUGUAAGAGUGAAGACUCACCAAUUGAAUAUGUUACAAAGAUGUGCAGGGUCUGGAAAUGUAAAAGAACAAAAACAACUACAACUAGAGCUCGACCAUUUGUUAAAUCAAGAAGACACAAAGUGGAAACAAAGAGCAAAAAGGCAUUGGGUAACAGAUGAGAUGAAAAUUAAGCUGGAAAGGAGCUUCAUUGCUAAGGAGAUAGGGAUGGCUUUAAAGCAAAUGUCCCCCUUCAAAUCACCUGGUCCCGAUGGUUAUAGUGCAGGAUUCUAUCAAGAACAUUGGAAGAUUGUGGGGCAGGAUGUGUCUGUAGCUCUUUUGGAGUUUUUAAACUCUGAAAAGAUGCCAUGGGAUUUGAACCACACUCACAUUGUGUUAAUCCCCAAGGUAAACUCCCCUACUUCUAUCCAUGAUUUUAGACCUAUUUCAUUGUGCAACGUUGCCUACAAGCUAAUCUCCAAAGUUUUAACAAAUAGAAUGAUAGGUGUUUUGAAGAAGGUGGUCUCUUGGAACCAGAGUGCUUUCCUCCCUAAUAGAUUCAUAACAGAUAACAUAAUGGUAGCCUACGAGCUUCUUCACACCAUGCAUUCAAAGAAGAAAGGAAGGGAGGGAUCAAUGACCAUUAAGCUAGAUAUUUCAAAAGCUUACGAUAGGGUUGAGUGGAAUUUCUUAGAGGUUAUAUUGAUUAAGAUGAGAUUCGGUAUGAAAUGGACUAAACUAUUGAUGGUCUGUGUUAGAACAGUAACUUAUUCCACCAUUAUAAAUGGGGUUCUAGGAGAGACAAUCACCCUUACAAGAGGGCUGAGACAAGCUGAUCCCUUAUCACCUUAUCUGUUCUUGCUAUGUGCUGAAGCCCUCGGUUUCCUAUUAGCUAGUGCUAAACAAAGAAGCCUCAUUGAGGGGAUAACAGUGUCAAGGGGUGGCCUAAGAAUAAGCCACCUACUUUUUGCUGACUACUGUGUAAUUUUUUGUAGAGCAAAGAUGGUUGAGUGGUACCAAAUCAAGGUUUUACUGUCAAUUUAUGAGGAAGCUUUAGGUCAAACCUUGAAUAAAGAAAAGACAAGUGUGUUCUUUAGCUCAAAUACAAAGAUGGAAGCAAAGGAAUUCAUCUUGCAGCAGGAAAAUCUAGUGAAGGCCAUUUUCAAUGAAGAGGAAGCAAAACUUAUAUGCUCAAUUCCAAUUAGCAAGAGAGGGGCAAGAGAUAAAAGGAUUUGGGCAGGGUCUAAAAAAGGCAUCUUCUCAGUUAAAAGUGUCUAUUUCAUAGAUACAAAACUGUCAAGCAGAAGUAUGGGCGAAUCUUCUCCAGGAGGGUGGAAUAAAAGGAUAUGGAAGGAACUCUGGCAACUAGAAGUCUCGGGCAAGGUUAGAAUGUUCAUAUGGAGAAGCCUUUCUAAUAUUCUUCCAGCAAAAGACAGACUAUACAGAAGGAAAAUUGUGGAUAGCAACCUUUGUCCAAUUGUACAAGAGAGGCUAAAACCUCAUUGCAUACCCUUUGGGCCUGUCCAGUAG